UUCAACUUAGUUCUUGAGGUUCUCUCUAACGUGAUUCAACUGUUACUAUUCAGUUCUUACACGCUGCAGCAUAAUUUCCUAACCUGUUGAAAAGUUUGAACUUGAUGUAGCAGAUGAUAGAGAACUGCUGGAGCGUCUUGAUGAGGAAUGUAACAUGAUGAAAUGGUUAUCUGUUCUGGAAGAAACCAUUCCUUUCUAUACCAGCCUUGAUAGUAUCAACAUUGGGUUAUAAAAGAACAACUGUCAGGAGAAUAUAUAAAAAACUGGAGGCCAAGAUAUUUCCUUUUGAAGACAGAUGGCUCAUUCAUAGGAUAUAAAGAGAAACCCCAAGAUGUGGAUUUACCUUAUCCCCUCAACAACUUUUCAGUAGCAAGUACUGAGGGAAAAAAAGAAGGAAAUAAGGAAGGAAACCAACCUUUCUUUGAGCAUUACUAUGUGCCAGGCCCUUUCACAUGUUAUCUCAUUUAAUCUUCACAACAACAUUCUGAGAAUGCCAGUUAAUGAAAACAGAACGACCAAAGCCAAACACAUUUAUUAUCAGAUGUCUCCAGUGGACCACUGUUAUAGAGAGAACAUUUCAUGUAGAUACUCCAGAAGAAAGGCAAGAAAAACAAAAGCAGAAAUAAACAAAUGAGAAUACAUCAAACAAAAGCUUCUACACAGUGAAGAGAACCAUUAACAACAACAAAAAAAGGCAACUUACUAAAUGAGAGAAGAUACUUGCAAAUGAUAUAUCCAGUAUGGGGUUAAUAUCCAAAAUACAUAAAGUGCUCUCACACAGCUCAACAUCAGGAAAACAAUCUGAAUAAAAAUAGGCAUAGAAUCUGAAUAGACAUUUUUCCAAGGAAGACAUACAGAGAGUCAACAGACCCAUAAAAAGAUGCUCAAAAUCACUACCAGGAAAAUGGAAAUCAACAACAAAAUGAGAUAUCACCUCACACCUGUUAGAAUGGAAAUUAUCAGAAAGAUAUGAAAUAAGUGCUGAUAAGGAUGUGGAGAAAAGUGAACCUUUGUACACUGUUGGCUGGAAUGUAAAUUGGUGCAGCCACUAUGGAAAACAGUAUGGAAGGUCCUCAAAAAUUAAAAAUAGUGCUACCAUCCAAUCUAGCAUGUUUACUUCUGGUUAUUUUUCCAAAGAGAAUGAAAACACUAAUUUGAAAAGAAGUAUGCACCCCUGUGUUCAUUGCAGUAUUAUUUAAAGUAGUCAAGAUAUGGAAGCAACCUUGGUGUCCAUCCAUAGAUGGAUAGAUAAAGAUGUGGUAUGUGUACACAAUGGAAUGUUACUCAACCAUAAAAAAGAAUGAAAUCUUGCCAUGACAAACUGGAUGGACCUGGAAGAAUAUUAUGCUAAAUGAAGUAAUGCAGACAGAGAAAGAUACCAUAUGAUUUCACUUAUAUGUGGAGACUAAAAAACAAAACAGAAACACUCAUAGAUACAGAGGACAAAUGGGGGUUGCCAGACAGGGAGGAUGGAAAAAAAAAAAAAAUUGUACCUAUGUGAUGUAAUGAAUGCUAAUUAGCUUUACUGUGGUAUUCAUUUCACAAUGUAUAUUUGUAUUUUUAAAAGAAUUUUAAAGUGCAGAGCAAAGAAAAAAUUAUUGAUAUUGAUAUAUUUUAUUACCAGCAGGCCUGCUAUAAAGAAAAUAUUUGUUCAGCCAGAAUAAAAAUCAUCGAAAUGGAAGCAAAGAUAUAAGAAUGAAACAAAAACAAUUAAAAUGGGAAGAAUGGACAGAAGCUAUCCAGGCCGUAGCAGACAGACUCCAGAGGCAAGAAGAGGAGAGAAUGAACUGUAGUCCAACUUCACAAAUUGAUAACAUAGGAGAGGAAGAGAUGGAUGCUUCUACAACCCAUCAUAAAAGAAAGACAAUGAAUGAUUUUGACUAUUUGAAACUACUAGGUAAAGGCACUUUCGGGAAGGUCAUUUUGGUUCGAGAGAAAGCAAGUGGAAAAUAUUAUGCUAUGAAGAUUCUGAAAAAAGAAGUUAUUAUUGCCAAGGAUGAAGUGGCACACACUUUAACUGAAAGCAGAGUAUUAAAGAACACUAGACAUCCCUUUUUAACAUCCUUGAAAUAUUCCUUCCAGACAAAAGACCGUUUGUGUUUUGUGAUGGAAUAUGUUAAUGGGGGAGAGCUGUUUUUCCAUUUGUCGAGAGAGCGGGUGUUCUCUGAGGACCGCACACGUUUCUAUGGUGCAGAAAUUGUCUCUGCCUUGGACUAUCUACAUUCUGGAAAGAUUGUGUACCGUGAUCUCAAGUUGGAGAAUUUGAUGCUGGAUAAAGAUGGUCAUAUAAAAAUUACAGAUUUUGGACUUUGCAAAGAAGGGAUCACAGAUGCAGCCACUAUGAAGACGUUCUGUGGUACACCAGAAUAUCUGGCACCAGAGGUGUUAGAAGAUAAUGACUAUGGCCGAGCCGUGGAUUGGUGGGGCCUUGGGGUUGUCAUGUAUGAAAUGAUGUGCGGGAGGUUACCUUUCUACAACCAGGAUCAUGAGAAACUUUUUGAACUAAUUCUAAUGGAAGACAUUAAAUUUCCUCGAACACUCUCUUCAGAUGCAAAAUCAUUGCUUUCAGGGCUCUUGAUAAAGGAUCCAAAUAAACGCCUUGGUGGAGGACCAGAUGAUGCAAAAGAAAUUAUGAGACACAGUUUCUUUUCUGGAGUAAACUGGCAAGAUGUGUAUGAUAAAAAGCUUGUACCUCCUUUUAAGCCUCAAGUAACGUCGGAGACAGACACCAGAUACUUUGAUGAGGAGUUUACAGCCCAGACGAUCACAAUAACACCGCCUGAAAAGUAUGAUGAGGACGGUAUGGACUGCAUGGACAAUGAAAGGCGGCCACACUUCCCUCAGUUUUCCUACUCUGCAAGUGGACGAGAAUAAGUCUCUUCUGCUGCUUCACUGUCAUCUUAGAUUUAUUACUGAAAAUGAUACCUGGACAUCACAGCAGUCCUCGCUCUUACAAAUGCAGGAGCACCUUCAGACAUCCCAGACCAGUCCAAGGUCUUCACCCCUCGCCGCCUUUCACCCACAUGAGAACACACAUAUACGCAGACAUACUCGACUUUUUGUUUUUGCAUGAAAUUGUAUCUCAGUCUAAGGUCUCAUGCUGUUGCUGCUACUGUCUUACUAUUAUAGCAACUUUAAGAGGUAAUUUUACAAUCUUUGGAAGUCAUGAGCCCACCAUUGUUCUUUUGUGCACCAACUGUCAUCUUUUGAUCUUUUAAUUUUUGUUUUUCCCUAACAGUGAAGGCUAAACGAUUCUAGGUACAUUUUUUAACUUUCUAGACGAUAAAUCAAAAACUAAUUAGACUAAGAAGAUUUAGUUUAUCAUUCAGAGCAAGCAGUUGGUGGAAGUGUGGUGAUGUGCAUAUGCAGAGUGUCAGUGCAGCACAGCAGGUCGGAGCCUGCAGUGGGUGUCCAUCAGGAGGAGCUGGCCGGUACCCACUAGGGAGCAUUUGAGAGAAGGACUGAGCAACCAUUAAGAUAGAUGUAUACAUUUAUAAGUUUAAAUUUCUGUUAGACACUGCAGAAGCAUCUUGGUAUUACAUGUGGAUGUCCAGAUUUCCUAGGCAGUUGUUGGCAAAGGAACAUUGUUCUACCAUGGAAGGAGGCAUAUGCACAGCAGAGUAGGUCGCUUAAAGGGUCUAUGAUAUGAUUUGCACCAGAGAGCAUUUUAUUUCCCCUGUGCUUGGAAGCCUUUUUCCCUUCUUGAUAUUAUCACCUCUGAUGGCUGAAGAAUGUAGACAGGUGUAAUGAUCCUGCUUUUCACCAAAAUUUGUACACCAAGGUAAACAGGUGUUUGCCUUAUUUGUGUUAAUUUUUUACUUUCAGUUCUACAUGAAUUAGCUUUUUCUCGGAUGUUAAAACUUUGAAUGUCCUUUUAUGAUUUUGUUUAUAUUGCGAUAGUAUUUAUUUUUUAGUGAUGAGAAUUGUAUGUCAUGUUAGCAAAUGCAGCUCCAACUUACAUAAAAUAGACUUACUGCAGUUUCUUUUGACCCAUGUGCCAGGAAUGUACAUGCCGAUGAGAAUCAUGCACUUUUUCUCCUGUGUAAAAAAAUUUUGAUGAGGCUCUGAAAUUGUACACAUAGAUUAGAAUUUGGCUUUAGGAGAAAAGAUGCUGUCAAUUAACCCCUUGGUGCUAAAAAUGAGAAAUCCCCAACUGUCCGUGCCAAGGGGUUGAAACAAAUGGAUGUUAUAUUUGCUCUUUUGAGAAUUGAAAUGUUAUGACAGCCUGGCAACAUAAUGUAAUGAAGAAAAUUGAGACCUGGAUGAUAAGAAAUGAACUUUACUUGGCAAAAUGAACACAUCUCAAGUAUUUAUGAAGUGGGCAGUAAAGGAUAUGGACCUGGUGUGUUUAUUCUGAUCAUGGUACAUUUAUCACUGAAUUAAGCCAUCAGGGAAAAAAACAAGACAAAAAAGAACACCUCCAACUUUUCUUUUUCUGUAUAUACUCAUGUCCUCAAAUUCCAACAUUUCUCACUGAAAGGGGACAUGUAUGCAAACCUCAUCUUUCUCUUUCAUUAAUGAUGAUCUUCAGAUUAAACCCUUUGGUGCUAGGAGCUGACAUUUUCCAAAGCAGCCUAUGAAGUCCAGGGGGCAGGGGGCCCUUGUUGCGGCACGCAGGAGGCCUCCCGACUCCAUGGAGCCAUCGUAGAGAUGUAUUUUAGUUGAACUGUCUUGACAGCUCCCAAAUGGAAGACUACAUCAUGACGUAGUGUUACGAUUGCAUUGUAUGAAAGAGCAAGUGACUCUCUAAGUAGGAUGAAUCAUACUCAUAUGCAGAUGUCUUAGCCUCUUGGCGCUGGAAGUGUGGGUUUACAGAUAUGAAACCACUGCUGGCGGUGGGUGGACCACUGGGACUGACAGGGGGUUAAAGGGCAUUUUACUAAGGCAGCUAAGACAUAUUUAGACAUAGAUUUUAUCCUAAUUUUUCAUAUUUCUACCUGAGUGAAGUUCAUCCUUAGUACUAAGUAGGAAGUUACAGCAAAUGAUAGUUCAUCCUUACUUACACACAUAGCUCAACUUUUUUUUUUCACUUGGAAUUAUGUUGAAUGUUUCACUUUGACAAGAAAGUAGACUAGAAGGUAUGUCCUGUAAGUUGUCUUGCAUCCAUUAUAUAAAGAGAAACAGGUGAGAGGAAGAGAGGAAAGCUGAGGCCGGCUGGUGUUCAGAGCAUUCAUUUCUUCAGAGGGAAGGUAUGAUACCAUGCACUAAGCACACAGAUAGUUUUGGGUUUUGUUUUGUCUUUUUUGUUGUUGUUGUUGUUUUUCGUUUUUUUUUUUUUUUUUUUUUUAUUCAAAUCUUAAGGUGAUUUCCAUGACCUUGGCCAAGGACACGUCCUAAGGAUUAAUGAUAACGUUGACUGUGCCCUAGGCUGCCCACUCCACACAGCUGGCUCUCCGCCCCCAGCUGGUGCCCGGGGCCUAGUCCCGUAUCCCCUGUGAGAUUCCGUUAGCACCACACAGCGUGUUUUGUUGGCUUUGAUUUUGAGAAUCCCUUACUUUCACUCCCUGAUCACAGUCAGCUGGCGUGGAAAAACAAUAGAAAAACAGAAAUGUGUGUAGAAGGAGAUUCUAAAACGUCCCUCUUCUCUGCCCAUAGCUGAAGUUUUGGAUUCUGGCAAAUGGAAAGGCCUGGACCUGGAGUCACUCUGUCAGAAUAGCAGGAGUUCAGGCUUUGCAGACUCCUUCCUGUACCAACUUUCUUGAAGUCUGCCUCUUGCCAUAAUGCAGCCAUCUUGGAGGAACUUGGCCGUCUCUGCUUGGAUCUUUGGCAGGGCUGCUCGCAGCUUUGCUUUCCACACUAACUACAUAGCAUUAUUCCAGUGUUUUCCAUUUUCCAUACCUGAUUUCCAGCUUCUUAAAGCUGACUGUUCUUGCAGGGGCCACUUGCUUCUCUUAGAAUACAAAGUAAGGGCCUUCCUUACUAACUGCAGGGUCUUUCUAUUACACCUCAGUGUACACACUUUGCUGCUACUGUUUGUACUGUCUACAGUAGAAUUUCCUUAUCUUGCUCCUGGUAGUGCAUUACAGGCAAGCAUGAAAUGUAAAGUAUUUAUUUAAAUAAAAAGAAAACCUCUAAAUUGGUAAUUGAAUUACCUCCCUGUAGCUUUAUAGUUUGUGACAUUUCUUGACCUUGCUAGCUCUUUCAUUAGAUCCGCGUAAGAUCUAGUCAUCUGGUUAAGGAUUUUAAGCAGACGCAACUAUGAACCCAAGAAACUGUAUUACUGUUGGUCAUACGAAAACUGUUUAUUUCCUUAAGUAUAUGGCCCACAAGGAUGUGAAAUAACUACAAGAAACUGUUUUGUACACUGUACAUCCUUAGUAUUUUUACACGUCUAUGAUAGGGUGCACAUUAUUUCCCUCCGUGCAGACAGCUUAAAUAAAGCACUGUGUCAAUCUGCUACUUCUCUGUUUAUUGUUGUUGGAUGUGGUUCUGUAAUCUCAGAAAAUUAACUAUUAUUAUUUUCUAAAAAAAAAAAAUUAAUAGCGCCACCCGGUAUUAACCCAUUCUCUAUAAAAUGUGACAGGAAAGUAUGUAAAUUUCUUAUAGCUCAAAACACACACAGGAUUAUUUUAUGACUUCAAUAAAACGGCAGUAGUGCAAUUGUACAAACUUUGAUGAAGAGCUGCUUCCAAAGUGGGGAAUGCUGACUUCUCAACAGUGGGUUUAGGAGAGAUCUGUGAAGCUGGAGAUAGACUAGGUCUUUCUGGAGAUCUGUUAAGCCCCUGAUAGUCCUCACACCAGGUGGUUUGGACCCAGAAUUCUUAAGGAGUGUAGCUCAUCAGUAAUGUCUUCCUGAUAAUGUGUUGCUCUGCAUACUUCCUUUCUUAGAGUAUAUUUUUAAAACUUCAUGGCAAAUUAACCAACUUAGACAUGGGUAAUAGAUGGGUAGGAUGGUUAGACUACAGUCUGAUUUACCUAGGGUCAUUUUGGAUGGGGCCUUUUUCUGAUUUUACCUCAUAAACCUACUAUUGUAGAAACUUGGCUUUGCUCCGGUGACUAAGCCGGAUAGAGGAACGGCUUUGGGACCAAAGUUGGUCAAGCACGUAUGUGUCUGUCACAGCCAAACUGGAGGGCAUCCGUACGUGUGCCCUUCUCUCAAAACCACUGGGGUUGACAGAUCCAGGAGGCUAACAUAAAGUGACCUCUAUAAUUCUUUAAAGGUGCUAUUUUUAGAAUAUUGUGUAAUUUAUUUACUGUUCCUGAAACAGAAUUAGGGACAAUUAAUAUAUCUUAUGUGACAACCUUUAUGUCUAGCACAUUUGAUGAAAUCAAAAAAACUUCUGAAUCUGAAUAGAAGUUCUGUUCUUUCAGGCUUGAACCUUGACCAUGCUCAAGAGACUCAAAUGGUCUUUGCUGGUGUAUCAUCCCACAGCCUCCAGAGCCUAAUCCACAUCCAUUUUAGAGGCCGUGAGGAGGAGGAGGAGAAGGAGGAGGAUGUGAUGUGAUGAUGAUGCUAGAUCUGUGCCAGGGAGACCGGCCUGGGGUCAGGGACUUGUCCCAAGUGUAGCCUUGCUGUCAGUGUUCCAUUGUCAUCCUCAAGGACAACACAACACUUUCAGUGCCCAUUUUUAUUACUUUGAAGCAUUUGAGGGCUUAACUGUGUAUAGCAGAAAUACUAUUUUAAACUAAAGUGAUCUGUGUACAGAUGUUUGAUAGAACUCUAAGUAAAUUUUGUAAUUUCACUGAGUACAUGUUUAGGCUCCUCUCAAUUACUGCAUAUUGAAGAAAAAACAUGACACCACCAAGCCAAAGAUGCUUUUUGUCUGUUUUUGUUGUUAACAGAGUGGAGAGGAUAAUACUUAGUGCUUCCUGGUGUCUUCUGAUUGUGCACAAAUUAGCAGGAUGAUAAAUAAUGGAGUCUUAUGGGGUGUUGAUUAAAAGCAAAUGAAGUUGAAGGAUAAUAUGUAUAGAUCACCAAGAGGGAAAGAAACAUGAAUGGCAGGAAAAAGGUUUUGUCCUUAAUACCCUUUAGCCUAGUUAAAAUGUGCCUUUUUUUGGUGGUUUUUUUUUUUUUUUCCAUCACUACAAGAUAAAAAGGAAACAUUUCCAGUCUUUAAAAAAU